AUGGAUACAAAGGAGGACACGCAGAACAAGGACUUCGCCACUGCUUCAACUGAGAUCGAGCACAGAGACGACACCCAUGUCACCUUCGAGGCUAUCGAUGAAGCCGAGGAGAGGCAAGUCGUGCGCAAGCUCGAUCUCCAUGUGCUCCCCCUGAUGACCUUGGUUUAUUUCUGCAUGUACUUGGACAAGCAAUCGAUUACAUACGCUGCAAUCUUCGGAUUGCGCUCGGAUCUGAACCUGACCGGCGAAGAGUACAGCUGGUGUGUCUCGGUGUUCUACCUUGGCCAGCUACUGUCCAACUGGCCUGCCGCAUACCUUCUCGGCCGACUACCUCUAAAGACCUUCAUUGGCUGCACCAUUGUUGUGUGGGGGGUGGCAUGCGUCUGUGUAGGUCUCCCCCAUAACUUUGGAGGGAUGAUGGCUGCACGAUUCUUCCUCGGUCUAACCGAAGGUGCCGUUUCUCCGGCCUUUGUCAUGUUGACCUCGGUCUGGUACAAGCGUCGAGAGCACCCUGUCCGAGUUGCCACCUGGGUAUCCAUGAAUGGCUUCGCUCAGAUCACCAACGCUCUCAUCAUGUAUGGGCUUGGUCGUGCCAAACUUGCCAUCGAGUCCUGGCGGGUACUCUUCUUUCUCAUUGGCGGGCUGACUGUGACCUCUGGGCUUCUGUUCUACUUCCUUCUCCCCGGGGACACCAUGACAGCGUGGUUUCUGACGCCUCGCCAACGAGAGAUCGCGACUAGGAGGCUCGCUAUAGAUCGCAGCACUCGCGACCGCACGGACUUCAACCGAUCCCAGUUCAACGAAGCUUACAAAUCGCCCAUCACUUGGCUCUAUGUGUCAAUGGCGCUCGGUAUCACUCUCACGACAGCCAUAAUCAAGUUUUCCUCAAUCGUCAUCAACGGCUUCGGUUACGAUAAAUACACUACGAUGCUCGUGGGGCUCCCUGGCGGUGGCCUCAACAUUCUGACCACUUGGUUCGGGGCUUUUAUCCCGCGUCUUGUCAAGAGCAAGUAUAGCCGAACGUGCACCGCCCUCUUCCUGUGCUGCAUACCCCUUCUGGGUGCUAUACUGCUCGCGACGCUGCCUGCCUCCAAGUCUUGGGGCAUCGUUGUGUCGACAUGGAUGGCCAAUGCUGUAACCUGCUUGCUUAGCAGCUGCUCGGCACUCAUGGCUAGCAACGUAAAAGGAAACACCAAGAAGUCGUCAACGACGACCAUCUUCUUCGUGGCAUAUUGCGUCGGCUGCAUCAUUUCACCUCAGGCUUGGACCGAGGAUGAUGCGCCCCGGUAUCUCAAGGGAUGCAUCCUUAGCAUUGCUUCUUUGGUUUACCUGAUGAUUACAUUGGUCGUCUAUGCAUUUCUGCUCGACAAGGAGAACAGACUGCGAGACAAAAAGGCAGCAGAGGGUCACGUUGACUAUAUGGUGGAAUCACAAGGGCAUGCUGAGGGUAUCCAGAGCGGCGUGGCCAUUGAUUCGGACUUGACCGAUCGCCAGGACAAGGCCUUCCGAUACAUUCUGUAA